UUAGGUUAAGUUAGGGUAGGUUAAAUUAGGGCAAGUUAGGUUAUGUUAAGUUAGGGUAGGGUAGGUUAAAUUCCUCACUAGCACCAGUAACGAAGAUGAUGGUGAACUAUGUACUGCAGUCGUCACGAAAAUAACCUGACCUGACUUGACCUGAUCUGACCUAAGCUAACCUGACUUAACCUACCCUGGAAAAAGAAGCCUCAAGGAUAACUGAUACUAGAGAUAAGGAACCUAAAAGAAGCCUCGACUGAUAGUGGAGAAACAACAAAAACAAGAACAAACCCAAGGACAAGAACAAACCCUAUGAGAACAAAAACAGACCCUAGAACAAAAACAACAAAUAACAAAAUCUAAGAAAAAAAAAUCUAGAACAAUAAAAAAAACUCUCCUGACAAACACAUGACUCCCAAAACAAAAGUGGUGCUGAAAGAAAAAACAAUCCUCAAAUGGGGUAAAGACUGGCUGCUGUGUGAGAUGAAAGGCAAGACGCUAGAGAUACACUGCAGGGCGUGUAGAGAGUCGGUGAACGGGUCCUCUGGGUGUCGUGGGGCCGUCAGCGUCGACCCCUUCGUCAGAGGAACGACCAACAUCAAGAAAUAUGCUGUUGAUAGACACGGCAUGAGUGGUCACCAUCAAGCUGCUUAUGCUGCAUGGAAAACGAAACACCACCAAGAAGAACCAAUUGUGGACACAGUGGUGAGGAUAAACACAGAAUACGUCAACAUGCUGAAGCUGUUCGACAUUACCUAUUACCUGGCCAAGCAUGAGUUACCUUUCACACACCUGUCGACUCUGGUCACCUUAGAGAAGAAACACGGGGUGGAGAUAGAGAUGACAUGUACUAUACCUUCCCAAGCUCGAGUGUUUACGUGUUAUAUAGCUGAGGAUAUUAGAGCCAAGACUAUAUCUAGGUUGAAGACGGUGAAAUAUAUUAGUGUUGUGAUGGAUGUUAUGACUACUGCUGCUACUACUACUACUACUACUACUGCGACUACUACAGGGUCAGGAAAGAAGGUGCUCGCAUAUGUGGUGUUCCUACAAGAUGGUUAUCCACAGAUUAAAUUAUUAGGAAUUCGAGAUCUCAGAAGCCCCACAAGUGACGGAUUCCUUGUGUGUCUGAGUUCAACUUUAGAAAACUCGAAGAUACGUGAUUGGAAGACACAUAUGGUCGGGUUUGGUAUUGAAGGGACGAAGAUAAACACCAAUAAGGAACUUUACACCAGGUUGACGAAUAUAGUGCCAUGGAUAGAGAGGAUACCUUGUGUGGCGUAUCGUCUAGAAUUGGCUCUCAAAGAUGUCAUACAAUCAUACUUUGCCGAGAUUGAUGAGUUGUUAUGGUCAUUCAGCGCCAUCUAUCACAAGUUACCUAAACGACCGCGGGAACUGAAGGAGGUGUAUGAUAUCCUGCAGGACAACACCUUAAAACACAUACGGGAAGAUGAUACCCGCUGGCUGGAGCAUCGGCGACGACUCCUGGCGGCCCUGGACACCUGUUACCCUGAGCUCAUUAAACACCUGGGGAAUAUAUGCGAGAGACACGACACAGAGGAGGAGACACCCACACUGAGGAGCUGGUUGAUGAGGUUGACGCACUUCAGGUUCCCGCUACACCUGGCCUUCUACAGAGACAUCCUUCAGGAGCUGUCAGAAGUCUUGAUGUUGUUUCAGAAGGAAGGUGUGAGUGUCGCUCAUGUUAUAGAAGGCGUCAAAACACAUCAACAGGUCUUGGAGGACAUGAUUACCUGUGAUGGAGCCAAAGUUAAGGUGUUGAGGCAGGGAGUGAGUCAAGACAGGUACAGGGGCGUGAGCUUCAGUCAGGUGCGUGAAGCUGAGGAUGACUUUGUUAACUCCAGGGGGCGACUCAUCCACUCUAUCCUCCACUGCCUGACGGAGAAGUUCCACAGUUUCACCACAGAUGAAGUCCUCAGAGCUACAGCGGUGCUCGACCCCAAGAACUGGCCACAGGACCUGACUGGCUACGGGUACGAUGAGAUCCAGUUACUGCUUCACCACUACGAGUCUGUCCUGACACACAACGGCUGCAACACCUUAGAGGCUCUAGCUGAAUGGGUCCGUCUCAAGUUGACCAUCAGGAAACACUAUCAUGGCGUUCCCUGGUCACAGCUAUGGGGGGAACUAUUCACCCGCAGGAGACUUGAGUAUGAAAAUAUCCUCCAUCUUGCUGAAAUAAUCUUGGUGUUCCCACUAUCAACACACAAGCUAGAGCGAACCUUCUCCACCAUGUGUCGUGUGAGGACUGACUGGCGGGUUAACCUGGACACAACGACACUAGAUGACUUGAUGCAGGUGUCUAUAGAAGGGCCCUCGGCUACAGACUUCACCGGGGACUCUGCCGUCACUAGGUGGUGGAGAGAAGGUAGACAAGACAAGAGGCUCCAGGCGUCCACACCCUCUACAGGAGCACCGUCAUCACUACCACCCACGUAACUCAGACACGAAGAACAACGGGGAGACAAAGACGCAGAAGAGGUAGAAGAAAUGAACGAAAAUAAAAGAAAAAACGCCCAAAUAACCGCCAAAUGAACGAAAACCAAAGAAAAAACGCCAAAAUAAUAACCACCUCCUCUUUAUAACUUCCUGAACGAUUAUAAACCAAAAACUUUGAAGAAAAAAAAUACGAAUGAUUUACCAAAAUUUUUAAAAUUGUUUGUUUUGUGAAGUUUACAUCAGCGGCCAUCUUGAGACUACCCCAUACGUGAAAUUAACAUACAGUAUACAUACAGGUUUAUUAACAUACUUGGUAGAGUGUAACGAUACUUUACGCGGGAGUAUUGUAUAUUAUCACUCGUUUACGAUAAUGAUAUUAACAGUGAGUGAGAUAUGGAGGUGCUACUGUGUGUGUGUGUGUGUGUGUGUGUGUACCUAUGGCUAUGUAUGUAUAUGUAUGUCUGUAUGUAUAUAUGUGUCGUUCGUAAGACCCAUAUACAUUAAACACCUAUAACUGGACCCUAACACCUGUACACACCUGACAAUUAACACCUGACAGAGACACACUUCAUGCACUAGAGUCAAUAUAAUGUUAUCAACCAUGGCAUCUUAAUCUGCCCAGUGUCUGUCCGUCAAUUUCCAGAAGGUGCUUUGUGUGGUUAGAAAUGGUUCACUAAUUGCUACUCUUGGGUCAUUAAGGCUCAUAUUAGCUAAACAUGCUUGCUGUUCAUCACUAAUUGCUACUCUUGGGUCAUUAAGGCUCAUAUUAGCUAAACAUGCUUGUUGUUCAUCACUAAUUGCUACUCUUGGGUCAUUAAGGCUCAUAUUAGCUAAACAUGCUUGUUGUUCAUCACUAAUUGCUACUCUUGGGUCAUUAAGGCUCAUAUUGGCUCAUCAUGUUUGUUAUUGCUGGUAUUUUUUUUAUUAACGUAGGUCAUUUGUGAUGUUAUUGUUGUUAUUGUUAUUUUAUGUGUAUGUAUGUGUGUGUG